AUGGCAAUUGGACCACUCAGAAACACAGGAUACCCGGAUCUGGACAGUAACAAGAUUACAGUGCGAUCAAGCGCUCUUGCGGAACCAAUAGAGAUUCACUACGAGGACGUUCCUCCAUUACAUCCACCCAGAGACCCAACAUACUGGAAGAUAUCUCACCAAGUAUCGUUGGACGGUGCUCCUGGCAUGUUCAAAACAAGUACCAUGUGUUCAUCUGCUACAGUAUACCAGUACGAAAGAGCCAUCUACCCUGAUCGCCGGGUUUCCGUUCUUGAUCCUUCUUUUGGUUGCUACCUUAGUCCACAGAUUGAACAUAGCUUAUCUCAGGCCGCGGCCUUAAAUCACGGAUCUACUGUAGCACUUCGGGAUACCUACUGCUCCUCCAACUCAUCCAAUUCAGCUGGUUCAGCAGUAUCUCAACGUCAAAGUCUGCUCCCGCCUCUUCCACAAAAGUCUUUAUCCUCCUCAGUAAGACCUGUCGAUGGGCAAAGCUAUAAUACUCCACGGCAAAGACAACUUCUUGCCACACCAUUGAGUGAACUAGUUGGGCGGAUGCCAGCUUCUUCGGCGCCUUCGAAACAUAGCAUCACUCCUCUUGAGCUUGAGCAAUUGAAGCAGUCAUCUUUACCACCUAAGCUUCGGAAUCAGAGCCGCGCACCUUCGCAUACUUUAGGUGUAACCUUAGGCCACCAUCAUCCCUACGGUCCAUCGUCGUCUUCCGUCGCGACCAGCAUUGCCUCCACUUCGCACUCUGCCAUGUCUUUACUUUCAAAGUCCGAAACUCUGAGCCAUCAGCCGACUGCCUACUCAUCAUUUCCUGUCCCGCCGAGAAAUGGGUCGAUGAUGCAACGGAGGGAGAAAUUGCCCAAGGCAAUAGACAUCGCUCAGCCAGAGCCCCUCAGUCCUGCGCUGCAUGGGUGUUCCAUUUCCUCACCAUUGAAGACAAAAUCAAGCUCACCCAGUGGAGUCGACUUCGAUCUCGGUCUUCCUUCUCAUGCAUUUUUGACUCGGCGUCAGAGUCCUGCUCCACCUACAACUGAUGCAUCUGUCUCUACGCCACAAUUGACUUCAACUUACACAGCCUCAACGGGCACACCAACCUCAGCAUCAUCUAUCCAACCGCUUCUCUCGCCUUUCCAUGAGCAAUUUGUAGAAACCUCAGCCUUCGAUUCAGACACAGAUGACGAAAGAACAUCAUCACAUGCUAGGACUCUCUAUAAGAAGGUUUCACGGCCACUAAUCAAACCCUCGUCGAGAACACGCGCCGAAACGCUUCCAGCCGUAAACGCUCCCUUUGCUUCUAGAGGCGCCUUACUUCAAAAGCGUAUCUCAAAACAGGAUAUCAAAACUCCUGGCCUACGCUUCUCAAGCACAUCAGAAAGCGGAGCCGGAAGCGAUAUGGCUUCGGUGCGCAUAUCAGACCCAUCAGUCACCUCGCCUGUUGCCGCCAGAUCUAUUGACGCUCCAAGCCCACCAGUCACGUUGCCAAAGAAAACGUCAUGCACGGGUUCACCAACGUCAAGAUCGCGGAGAAUGUCAAAUACGAGUAAGGCUUCGAAGAAAUCCAGCACUUCUUGCAAAACCACAUCUUCACUUGUUGGUGACAAGGAAAAUAGAGGCAGACGGAAGACGUCAUCGGGCGGGCGCGUUCGCAGCUGGUUCUCUCGCGUUUUCACAAAAAGGAACACUCUUUGA